CGUCAGUGGGGGUACUUUCAGCCAUGGGAAUCUAGCCACAACCGGGAAGGGUCGUAGGACGGGGAGAAAAGGGAAAACAAAGAUAUUUGUUUAGGAUUAAAGUUAAAACGCAGUGAACUCAUAUAUGUAAACUUGUUGGACUGUGUCCGAUUUUGACUUAAAGGGAGUAGGGAGUUGGAACGUUCUUAGCGCCCAUGUUGUUCCGCUUAGGGAGAGCCGGAGACAAGAGCAGCAGCAACCGAUGCGAGGACCUUGAUCUCAAGAUCGCUGGGUGGUCCAUAAGUUUGGGAGGUCCAUAAGCUUGGGAAGGUGUGUGGAUUGCAUAGACUAGUAAGUAGGUGCUUUCCCAGAAGAUACUUUGCUGGCUGGAAUGUUGAAGGCAUUUUUGAGAAGGUUGAAACAGAAGUGGAGGUUUUUGGCACCACACAUUGCACAGCAGAUGAGACAUCUUAAAGUAAAGUAAGCCUCUCCACUAUUGAGAGGUGCCUGCAUCAUGACUAUGAGAUCUACUGUGUUCAAACCUGGUGCUUUUACUCUUGAUGGCGAGCUUCACCCAGAGAAGUACGAGUUUGAAAAGCUGAUAAAACAAGAGACUGCCGCAGGUGAUCUUGUACUUGAGAAUCAUGAUGGCACAGUUACAGGAUUUUUGGGAGCUGGCAGUCUUGCAAUAAACAAUAUGAGUCCAUGCCAGAAGAACAGGAAGGUCAACAAUUCAAGCAAAGUGAGGAUUCCUCAUAUCUGGGCAGAGACCAAAACUCAGAUUGCAUGUACAGCAGUUGCCUCCGGGCCAGAGGAAAACUGGAACAACUUAGGGGUUCCAUCUUCACCUAGUAAACAAAUGAAUUCUGACAGUAACUUCAGCAUAAAUAAAACUCAGACACUUUUAGGGCAGACUGAAAUUAUGGGGAGAUUUGGAUCCCAAGUUACUGUUUCUAAUGCAAAAGACUUCGUAGAGGGAGACAGUGAUACAGUAGUGGACAGUUCUACAUUAGAACUGAGUAUGGAGAACAAAUGGAAGAAUGUAAAGAGAAACCCGAGUCACAGUCCCAGCCAGACAGCCUGCCUGAAACAACUCUUGCUGCUACAGUUGGAUCUGAUUGAGCAGCAGCAGCAGCAACUGCAAGCUAAAGAAAAAGAAAUUGAUGAAUUGAAGGCUGAGAAAGAAACGCUCCUGGCACGGUUGGAACGUAUGGAGAGGAGGCUGCAGCUGGUGAAGAAGGAUAGUGAGAGAGACAGAUACAGAAUAUUUCAAAGUCCUGAGGUUGAAGAAAAAAAAAUGACUGAACCUCACGAGAAGUUGUUUAUAGAGCAUCAGGAGGCAACAGUAGAAAGUCCUCCAGCUGGGACCCCUAAAACCUUUUCACACGGAAAGGCAAUGAAAGGACAUAAAAGGAAAUCAGCAUUUGGAUGUGUUGAGAAAAAAACUCCGGUAAAAAAGCUUGUGACUGAAUUUUCUAAAUUGAGAACAAAACCCCCAAAACAUUCUGUACCUAAAGAACCCUGCAGGCCUGUAUCAGAAACCACCUGUAAGCGUGAACUAAGGAGUAAAGAAACACCUGAAAUUUGCGUUUCUCAGAUGGACACACCUGUAAAAGCCGAUGCUUUCCAAAAGGGGCCUGCUGAGCAUAUAAAAGACAAAGACUGCCCUAGUGAAACACUAGAUUUGCCCUACCUUUCUACCACAGAUAUGUACCUUUGCCGGUGGCACAAACCUCCACCUUCACCACUCCGAGAACUUUCACCCAGAAAGGAGGAAACUGUAGCAAUUCCUUCUUGGCGGGCGCAUCCUAUAGAACCACUAGAAGAUCUAAGCACAUUGGAAGUAGUAGAGAAUUUAGAUGACAGUGUAUUUGCUAAACGGCAUGCAAAGCUUGAACUAGAUGAGAAGAGAAGAAAACGGUGGGAUAUUCAGCGAAUCCGAGAGCAGAGAAUAUUGCAGCGACUACAACUGCGAAUGUAUAAGAAGAAGGGUAUUCAGGAAUCUGAGCCUGAUAUUACCUCAUUUUUUCCAGAUCCUGAUGAUGUUGAAUCUGUGGUGAUUACUCCUUUCCUGCCUGUUGUAGCUUUUGGAUGUCCAUUACCAAAAAUAACUCAGCAAAACUUUGAACUGCCCUGGUUGGAUGAACGAAGUCGUUGUAGAAUAGAGAUGCAAAAGAAACAGACACCUCAUCGAACUUGUAGAAAGUAGCUGAUCAGGCAUAUGCUGAAAAAGAGUGGCAUCAUUGCUGAUGGUACAAGCCACAUCAGCUUGUGUCAUAGAACUUCUUAUAUGGUGUGAUCACUCAAGUCCUGUGCUUCUUUGUCUGUUCUCUGGGUAAACAGUUGCAAAUGACAUUAUUUUUACUGUAUAUUUGUCUUUGCUGCCAGAAUCGCUGCAACUGUCUGACUGCACGUGGUAUAAUGAUAGUUAAUUCUCAGAAGUAAUUCUGGAGUGGCAGGGCCGAGACGUUGAAGGACACCUUCAGCCUGUGAUAAUUGACAACAAUAACACACUUUAUCCACUGCUCUGGCUGAGAAUUGUGCUGUAUAGACACCAAUUUUUCCUCUUUGGCCUGGGCUGAUGUGCCUUUUAAUGAGCGCAAGUUAAAUAAUUAGCACUUUUGUGUAGUGAAGGGAGAAAAGAAAGAACAGCUCCUUACCUUUUUUUAUAAAAGUUGCAGUUAAAAGCAUUCACUUGGCUGAAACCUCAGAAUAUUUUUAUGUAUUGAUUGUGCAGAUUCAUACAUGGUGGUUUUUAUUAGUAAGAGCUUCAUAUGCAUUGGGCAAGACAGUGAAUAAGUAUGGCCUAAAGACCUGUGAGUCAAGCUUUCAGGUUGUGCGUGACCUUAAUUGUACAGGUGUUGCAGUCUCUGUUUUUGGCCCCCCCCCCCUUUUUUUUUUCAGACCUUCUUUGGGAUCAGGUAUGGUGCUGCUGCAUUUUAUCUUUGAAGGGAUACUGCUUAGUUCCAAAAGCCUGCUGUCCUGCUUUUCUUUCUUUCCUUUAGAUUUUUGGAAGAUGCAGCUUGACUUACAACUGUGUAAAGUCUUUUGUAAAACAGUCGAGUUAGAGACCGCCUUCGGAUGGUUUUCCCUUAUGGUGGCUGAUGCAGCUGUUUCAUAGAUGGGAUUUAAAUAUAGGGGGAGGUCUUUCCCAUUGAUGAUGGUCUUGACCAUUUUAGUGGUAGGAAACAUACGUCUUUCUUGGGUCAUCUUUAGUGUUGGGAUGAUACCAGAUUGCAGUGUUAAAAUUAACAAUAGGAGGUGUAUGUUCAUGGGUUACGCUCAAUGUAUGAUUAAAAGAUUCUUUGAGAUUUUCAUAAAAGAGAUUUUCAUAAAAUCUUUCAUCAGUGAACUGAAUGUUUGUAGCCAUUGCCAUUUUUCAAUUCCUGUGUAACUUUAUUUAAUAUACAGCGCCCUGACAAAGCUACAUCAUUUUUUCUGUAACGUACUGCAUGCUUAUUUACAGUUUGUAUUGAUGUAUGCCAGUUUCACAUUUGCGUAAACCUCCUUAGCAUUUCUUACCACUGCUAAAAGUGAUGCUUACACCAGACAGUGGCAGGUGGCUGUUUUUUUCUGUAUUUUAUUGCAGUCCUAAUGAAUUCAAGGAGCACCCCCCCCCCCCAAUUAUAUGCAAAAAUAUUUAUAGUAAUGUAGGUUUAGAUCAAACCAAAUGACAGUCUGCCACUAUCACAUUUGCAGCACAGAUUAAAUGUUGGGAUAGUAGUGAAUUUAGAAUUGCUAUGUAUGCAGCUCAAAAGAAAAGAAAUGUGUACCCUAUGUUUAGUUGAGUAUAAAUGUGUGUGCUGCAGGAAAUGAAGAUGGCAGGGUUGUCUACGCAUUGUGUCUGUGGAAGAUUGCAGCUGCUACACCUGGGUGUUAAAAUACAGUCACGAUUGAUCCCUUUAAGUUCAUUUGCUGGCUUGAGUAAGGUCAAGAUUGAUGUGCCUUUUAGUUGCUGCCUUGCAGUGGAUUAUACUGUUUAUUAAAAAGAAAGCAGAGCAUUAUGGUAUCACGUUUAUAUGUUUGAAUAAAACAGACCAUUAAGAAAUUACAUGUAUGCAGAGCAUUAUAGCUAGGUUACAACUGAGAAUGGACAUAAAUUUCUGGUUUUGCUAAUGCUGCUUUUAAAUUAAGACUGGUAAAAUUAGUAAAGGUGCAUUCUGCUCGAGAGCAUCAUUUUUAUCCUAUACAUAAAAUAUAACAUGGAAAAAAGUAUUUUGAGUGCUCGUACAGUAAAAACGAGUGGCUCAAAACAUUAAAAAUAGUAUAUAUAGUAUACAGGUGGAUUAGGAAGUUAACAAAACAGGAGCCACGUUUGGUGCUUCCUUUACCUGUUGAACUCAGUUAUGCCACUUUACUCAGGUGUAUAUUAUGUGUAAAUCACACUUCUGAGAUGCAUCAUUUAAAUAAAGUAAACUGUUCUGCUGUCACUCGAGAACUACCUAUUCCCUUAGCUAAGUAAAAUCACACUUAAGGUUUUCUGAGAGAGACAUUUCUUGUCAUUCAUCAGCAUGUUCUUUUGCAGCCCAUCUGCCUAUAUUUUCUGCAUUCUAAAAGUCCACAUUCAUCAUCGUAAUUAAAGAGUGGGCAUUAUCUGAACUUGGAAAUCUUGUCCCCAGAGCUUCAAACACCUUUUGUUUUUGUGGUGUGACAGGAUGUUGAGCCACCUUUGCAUCUGGGAUCUGUACUAGGUUAGCUUAAGCAGAAAUCAGAAGGCCAUUCUGUAUGUCAGUAAUAUCACGCACUAACAUCACUAUUUCAGGGCAGUGGUUGGUUGAUGCUUAUGGUCUACUAGCAAGCAACAGACCCUUUGUAAGCUACUUUGCUGUAGCUUGGUCAGAAAUGAUUCUGGAAUCCAAACAUAAAACGUUCAUAAGUUUACCAUUCACUGAGCCUUCGAGAAGUAAGAAUAUCUGGGGCUUUAUACCUAUUGUUUUUUCAGAUGGUAGCUGUUGAAAACAUACUUUUUAUACUACUUAGUUCAUUUUCAUUAUUAGUUUCAUGGUAAUUGUAUUUGGAGCUCAGAACCUUCUAAGCUUCCACACUGGCUAUCUAGAGCAAUUCUUUUCAUCUUCAUCAUUGAUCUUUGUAGCUGAACAGCAGACUUCUACUUGGUAAGUUUUGUCUCACCAGAUAUGAAGAUGGCUAGCUUUCUUAGCCAUAUCAUGUGUCCUUAUGCAGAAAUGGUUUACAUUUAAAUGGCAGCAGUGAUUGCAGAAACUGCAUUUUAAUCCAUAAAAUGGUUAGCUGCAAACCAGAACUUGACACCCCCCCUACACACACACACACAAAUAUAUAUAU